UGAUUAGGCUUCGGUCACGUGACGGGAGGCUGCCGGGCCAAUCAGGGCGAGCGGCGAUGCAUAUAAAGCAGGAGCGAAGAGCGAGCAGGGUACCUGCUGGGAGGAUCGGGCCCCCAGCUGCUCUGCUCCGGAGGUUUCUACAUGCCGGCGGCGAUGAAGGCUGUGAUGUCUCUGGUGGGAAGCCAAGGCAUUGUCUCGGCCACCGAGGUCUUCCUUGUGGCUGCCGUCUUCUGCCUGGUCUUCCUGCUCAUCCAAUCCUUCCGGCAGCACGUGCCCAAGGGGCUGAAGAGCCCCCCAGGACCCAGAGGCUACCCCAUCCUCGGCAACGUGCUGGAGCUGAGGAAGGACACGCACCUGGCCCUGACCAGGCUGAGCCAGAAGUAUGGGGACGUGAUGGAGGUCAGGAUCGGCACGCGGCCCGUCCUGGUGCUGAGCGGCUUGGACACCAUCAAGCAAGCCCUAGUGAAGCAAGGAGAAGACUUCAUGGGGCGUCCCGACCUCCACAGCUUCCAAUACAUUUCAAAUGGCCAGAGCCUGGCCUUCAGCCCCGACUCAGGGGAGGUGUGGAAAGCCCGCAGAAGGCUGGCCCAGAACGCCCUGAAGACCUUCUCCAUCGCCCCCAGCCCCACCUCCUCUUCAACCUGCCUCCUGGAGGAGCAUGUCUCCAAGGAGGCUGACUACCUGGUCACCAAAUUCCUCCAGCUGAUGGAUGAAGAGAAGAGCUUUGACCUUAACCGGUACCUGGUGGUCUCUGUGGCCAACGUCAUCUGUGCCAUGUGCUUUGGCAAGCGUUACGACCACAAUGACCAAGAGCUGCUCAGCUUGGUGAACCUCAGCAACGAAUUUGGGGACGUGGCUGCUGCUGGCAACCCCGCUGACUUCAUCCCCGUGCUCCGGUAUCUUCCUAGCCGCACCAUGCAGCUCUUUAAGGACAUCAACAGGCGUUUCAGCUUCUUUGUGCAAAAAAUUGUCCAGGAGCAUUACACCAGCUUUGAUAAGGAGCACAUCCGGGACAUCACAGACUCGCUGAUUGAGCACUGCCAGGAGAAGAGUGUAGGGGAGGAUGCUCGUGUCCCGCUCUCCAAUGAGAAGAUCAUCAGCAUCGUCAAUGACCUCUUCGGGGCAGGCUUUGACACUGUGGCAACUGCCUUAUCCUGGAGCCUCAUGUAUGUUGCCUUGUACCCCGACAUCCAGAAGAAGAUCCAGGAAGAACUAGACCAGACCAUCGGCUGGGAGAGGAGACCGAGGCUGUCGGACCGAGGCACGCUGCCCUACACAGAAGCCUUUAUCCUGGAGAUGUUCAGGCACUCCUCCUUCCUGCCCUUCACCAUCCCGCACAGUACGACAAAAGCGACGGUGUUGAAUGGCUAUUACAUCCCCAAAGAUACCUGUGUGUUUAUCAACCAGUGGCAAGUGAAUCAUGAUGAGAAGCUUUGGAAGGACCCCUCAACCUUCAACCCUGAGCGGUUUCUCAAUGCUGCAGGGACUGAAAUAAGCAGGACGGAGAGCGACAAAGUGAUGGCUUUUGGCUUGGGGAAGAGGCGAUGCAUCGGAGAGUCCAUUGGCCGGUGGGAGGUCUUCCUCUUCUUGGCCACCAUGCUGCAGCAGCUGGAGUUCAGCCUCCGCCCCGGGGAGGAGGUGGACAUCAGCCCUCAGUAUGGGCUGACAAUGAAAUACAAGAAAUGCGAGUGCUUCCAGAUUAAGAAGCGUUUCCCCACGAAGAGCUCUCCAUAAGCUGCAGGAGGAAGCAUCGCUUUGCAGAAGAAAGCCAGCCCUUGCAGUCGGACACUCAGCCUGCUUUUGCUAAUGCUCUCCAGAAGCCAGCACAGCCCCUCGCUGUGUUGCUUUACUGGAGGUUUGUUCAUCGCAUGUAAAUGCGAGCGGGGAGGGAUAAAGCCGGCUUUGUCAGGCUCCUCGCAGCCCCUCUAGCCAGCUCUGUUGCCCUUGCCUGCAGAAAAGCUCUCCAGAGGUCCAGCCCGCUCAUCCCUCUUGGGGAGGUCCAGGGGGACUGCAGCCCUGCGGUGGGGAGGAGGAUGCUUUGGGCUGGGAGAAGUGGUGUGGGAUGGCGGUAGGGAUGUCCUCGCCCUGCCCAGCACUGCAGGCAGAGCCAGAGCUGUCGUGGGCAACUCCCUUCAUCCAUCAAAUAGGAAUAAAUCUGCAGGUUCCUCCCUGAGAAACCUGGCCAGCCUUUUCCCACAGGGUGAAAGUCUUUCCAGCUCGUUUGGCAGAGCUGUUUGUGAAGCCUUCAGCUCCUUGUGC